AUGAGACCUUACAUACAAAGAAUAGCAGCCGCUUCUUUAUUGCUAAGGUCGUCUAGACCAUUAUGGACAAAUUCAGCGAUAAUCAAACCAACAUUAGCAGCACAUUUACCGUCGUACUUUCACCAACAACAGCCUAUACUAGUGGAAAGCAGCAAUAGCAGUGGCAGCAGUGCACGCAGCUUCUCUACAAGUCGAUCCGCUUUGCUCACCAACACAGCCUCAGCUAUCGUGGAAGACGACAACUCUAAAUUACCAAGCACAAACACAUCGGAAAGUUUCCAAUUCAUUGCGUAUGCUGCUUGGCAUCCAAAGACUCGUCAAAAGGCGCCGCCCACAUCGAAAAAGAUACCAUAUUGGAAAGAAAAUCAAAAAGCAGGCAAAGUGGAUGCAGGAGAAGAUGCAUUUUUUCAAACAAACACACCCGAAGGUCUUGCGAUUGGUGUGGCAGACGGUGUCGGUGGCUGGAGUCUUGUUGGCGUGGACCCAGCUCUUUUCUCAUGGACAUUGAUGGAUAACGCUGCUGUUGUGGCCAAGAAUGAAAAGUCGAUUGACGCUCAUCAAAUCCUAGAUUCUGCUUUUCAUGAACUGAGAAAGAGUGGGAAAGUUUCGGCUGGAAGCAGCACUGCUUGUAUCUUGAAUUUAUCAAAAUCAACUGGUGAAAUGACGACAUGCAACUUGGGUGAUUCUGCUUUUCUGUUGGUCCGUGAUCAAAAAAUCGUAUACGAAAGUCCAAGUCAACAGCAUUACUUCAACUGCCCUUAUCAGCUGACCGUCGUCCCCGAUACUUACCCAAACCGUGAUGAAUUAGUCACUGACUUGCCCAAAGAUGCAGACACAAAGAGAUUCUUUCUGAAAGACGGAGAUUUGAUCCUGUUGGCCACAGAUGGUUAUUUUGAUAACAUGUAUUCUGAGGAGACAUUGGAAUUAAUCAAUCAGGGCAUGAGUCCUAUCCUGGAGAAUAAUCAAGAUAAUGAGUUGGUCACCGCUACCAUCAGAGGGCUGGCCAAAACAUUGACUGACAAGGCUCGUCGUUUAAGUUUGAAUCCCAAACGUCUCAGUCCCUGGGCAAAGGCUGCUCAAGCGCAUGGAAGCAAUUAUAGAGGCGGAAAAGUGGAUGAUAUCACAUGUAUUGUAACUCUUGUUUGUCACAAGAAGUAA